GUUAGGUUGAUAACAGACAUACAUUCAGGUAGAUUUAUGAAAGGUUUGUGGGAAGUGCAGGGGAAUGCAAAGGGGAAGGGGAAUGCAAAGGGGAAGGGGAAUGAGAAGAAGAGAAUGAAGGGUGGAGUUUCGUCAGAAGCUGAGCCACCCACUAAGAAGCAGAAGAAAGUUAAGACACAUAAUGAGUGUGAAGCUGAUGCAGCGGGAAAGGGUUCUAGCGAGAAGGAAGGUAGCAAAGAGUUGGAGUUGGAGAACAAAGCGACUCUAACGACCAUUGUGGGUACUCUGGAUAUUAUUUCCAGAAAAUUUGAUCAGGUUGACUCACGGUUGGAAGCCUACGAGUUAGACCGGAACAGACCAUUGAUGGACCAAAAGACCAUUGAUGACAGGGUGAAUGCUUUACUGGAGGAGCGUCUGAAAGAUCUGGGGAUUGGGAAAAUUCCCAAAAACCAUGAUAACCCCUCUCCACAAUUAUCAGAUAACUCUUUAUCGAUGGCAUCACCGGUGGUUCGAACGCAUCAGAAGUCUGUCAAUAGUCCAGCGUUAGUAGCUGCGACUCUUGGUAAGGAGUUUGGACAGAAAAAGAAUUUGGCCAAGGAGCUUGAAAAGGAAUCAUGGGUGAAAAGGACUUUGAAUGAGGAGUUUGGUAGUGUCGAUAAAGCUACUGAUAUGCGGCCUCUUGAUUUCGUAGUAGUUUCUCCUGCAAAGGCUACUAAGGAUGAUAAGGCUACUAAGGAUGAUAAGGCUGCUAAGGAUCCAGCCUAUGGACGCGGCUGCAGGCGCAAGCGUAUUGUUAAGGGUGAGGAAGCCGAUGAGAAGAAAAAAGUAGCACAGGCAGAUGCUGCGUUUAAGAGGGAGGAAAAGGCUGAGGCUAAGAAAAAAGCUGCUGAGGAUAAGAAAAAAGAGGCUGAAGCUAAGAAAAAAGUGGCUGAGGCUAAGAAAAAAGAGGCUGAGUUAAAGAAGAAACAAGAGGCUGAGCUAAAGAAGCAAAAACAGGCUGGGUCAAAGUACAAAAAGGUGACUCCACCGCGUGACGGUGUAACAAGAUGCAAGGUACAACCUGAUGUAGAGGACAAUUCAUUGGCUGAUAUAACUGACGAAGUUGUUGCAGAACAUAACGAAUUUGCGUCGGAGUCUGAUGUCGAGAAUUCUGAAGUGGUUAGAUCUACCAUAAUUAAGGACUACCGGGAGAAAAAUGUUCGGUUAACUCCAAAAGGGUUGUCAAUGAUGGCAGUUUCUUCAUCAUUAGUUUUUCCGAACGUAGGACAUGAUGGAACGACGUGCAUGAGGAAGAAUGUUACUCCUUCAUCAGCAAUAUAUGACCCUCUAGCACCUGUUGAUCCGGCGCUAUUGGAGAAACUUAUGCAACACAUCAAGGCAAUUCCACCCAAACCACCAGCAGCACCAGGUAAAAAAGAAGUACUAACAGCUGAUCAUGAGAGUGACUUCUACAGCAUACUCAUCCAUGAGAGACUGUGGCCGGAGAAUGAGUAUGGAUGGGUGUUUGAUAAUCAUGUUGUGGCGUAUAUGAACGUCCUCAUUAAAAGGUCCAUGCGAGAGCCCACUCCAUUCUGGUCCAAGCGGAUUGCCUUCGUUGACGUUUGGUGGCAAAGUUUUUUGAUUCACGAUGACGCUCAGUUUAAGAUGAAACCCACAAUGUUCAUGUUCAAAGGCAAUGGUUAUGAAGAUAUGAUAAAUGGUAGGAUUCCCGAUCAUUGUCGAACAAACUUGAAGUGGUAUGAAGAUGUGGAUCACUUGUACGAAUGUCUUCAAACCGGCGGAAAUCACUAGGUUGUGUAUCACAUUGAUCUGAAGAAGGAGAAGAUUAAUUGCUACGAUCCAAUCUUUGGAGAGGUAACACUCGAAAGUGAGCAGAGAAUUUUGAAUUCAUUUAAACUGCUGACGCACAUGAUUCCCGCUAUGUUGAGUGCACAUAUUCCUGCCAAUAUCGGACCCAUUAGCAGGAAGAAGUUCUCUUUCAGAAGGAGGAGCAAAAAAUACAUUCCACAAAACACCCAGGUUGGCGAUUGUGGGGUGUAUUCGUUGAAGUUUGUGGAGUGUCUAGCGCUUGGUGUAAUGUUUGAUGGGAUAAACGAUCAAAAUAUUCAAGGUUUACGGAUGAAGAUGGCAGCAGAUAUCCUCGCUGAAGGAGAAAAUGUUGUGACAGACCAAAUGAUGGCUAAUUGAACAUGUGUUGUUGUGAAGUACUUGACUUAUGUUGUUGUUGUUUUAUGAUGAACUUAUGUUGUUAUUUUGUACUUGACUUAUGUUGUUAUUAAGUAUUUGACUUAGUCU